GCUGACGUCAGCUGAGGGUGGGGUGGGGUGAAUAAAAGGUGGAGGGAGUCCUCGGCUCAUCCGACCCGCCGAGCCUUCCACACUGCGAGCUUCUGCUGCGGCGCAGGCUGGACAACAAUCCAAGAUGCAGAGGUGCUUUGGGAUUUUUUGCGUGUCGCUCCUCUUGUGCGCUGCGCUCUCCGAGACCCUCGGGCUGGUGAUUGCGGCGAAGGAGAAACGUGGCUGGACUCUGAACAGCGCUGGCUACCUGUUAGGUCCCCGUCGUAUUGAUCACCUAAUUCAGAUAAAGGAUUCCCCCAGUGCCAGAGGCAGAGACGAGCUGGUCACUCAAUAUGGAAUAGAUGGACACAGGACUCUAGGAGAUAAGCCGGGUCUGGCUGGCAAGAGGGACAUGGGCCAGGAGGAGGACUUCAGAACAGGUGUCCUGAGAAUAGCAGAUGGAGACAUCAUUCACACUGUCAUUGAUUUCCUGUCAUACCUCAAACUCAAAGAGUUGGGAGCCUUGGACAGCCUGCCUUCCUCUGUGACAUCCGACGAACUGGCCAAUCCCUAAUGUUUCUGCUUCUCUGCAGUUCAUCUCCAUUUACCCAAGUCUAUGUUUCUGCUGUCUGGGUUCCCACUGUCCUAAAUGUCACAUUACUGUAGCUCUAUUCACACUCUGACGCUGGAUUUGUCCUGGUACCAAAGAUCUGAUUCUGUAACUCUUUGCGACAGAGAUUGAUUGUCCCCCAGUACAAAUAUCAGAUCUUUUUGCUCCUGUGUAAAUAAAACUUUAUAUCCACUGAAGGUCAGUGAGUGUCUGCUGACUGCAGGUGGAUCUAGGUAAUAGGGACCCCUAUUCAGAAAACAAAACUGUAUUAUCAUCUUAAUAUACUAUCAUCUCAUUUAAUAAAAUGGAGUGAAAUAAACAAACAAAUGACACUGGACAACUUGAAUUUCUUUCUUUCCAUUAGUCACAAUACAAUAAUUAUCACUUAGAUUGCAGUUGAAAUUGGAGAAACCACAUUUGUUUGAAAACAUGAUACAUGAGUACUGAUCUUUCUAUGUUAACUGUAAUUUAAUGUUUUGUUAAUGUUUAAUUAUUACAACGAAUUAGUACGACAUCUCUCUCCCGUAGUUUUGUGCUUUCUCGUCUCUUCUUCUGUCGCUUUCAGCAGAGACUUCUGCCUCCGGAGCUGCAGAGUCUGGAUCUAUGAUUGCAAGCCACCUUCUGCCCCCGUGUUCC